UUUUACAUUUACUGCAUGUUAUUGCAGAGGACACCAAGUGAGGACAUGGAAAAGAAAAAUGCAACAUUGCUGACAGAGUUUGUUCUCACAGGACUUACUCAUCAACCAGAGUGGAAAAUAACCCUGUUCCUGGCAUUCUUGAUGAUAUAUCUCAUCACCAUCAUGGGGAACCUUGGUCUGAUUAUUCUGAUCUGGAAUGACCCUCACCUUCACAUCCCCAUGUACUUAUUUCUUGGGAGUUUAGCCUUUGUGGAUGCUUGGAUAUCUUCCACAGUCACCCCCAAGAUGUUAGUCGGCUUCUUAGCCAAAAGUCAGAUGAUGUCUCUCUCUGAAUGCAUGGUACAAUUUUUUUCCUUUGCAAUCAGUGUAACCACAGAAUGUUUCCUCUUGGCAGCAAUGGCGUAUGAUCGCUAUGUAGCCAUAUGCAAACCUUUACUCUAUCCAGUGAUUAUGAACCAUAGACUAUGUGUCCGGCUAUUAGUCUUGUCAUUUGUAGGUGGCUUUCUUCAUGCCCUACUUCAUGAAUGCUUUUUGUUCAGACUAACCUUCUGUAAUUCCAACAUAAUACGUCAUUUUUACUGUGACAUUAUGCCAUUGCUAAUGAUUUCUUGUACUGACCCUUUUAUUAAUUAUCUAAUGGUUUUUGUUUUUGCAGGUUCAAUUCAAGUAUUCACCAUUGUGACUAUUCUUGUAUCUUAUACAUUUGUUCUUUUUACAAUCUUAAAAAAGUCAGUCAAAGGCAUAAGGAAAGCCUUCUCCACCUGUGGAGCUCAUCUCUUAUCUGUGUCUUUAUAUUAUGGCCCUCUUCUUUUCAUGUAUGUGCUCCCUCAAUCACCACAAGCUGAUGAUCAAGAUAUGAUGGAGUCUCUGUUUUACAUGGUCAUAGUUCCUUUGCUUAAUCCCAUUAUCUACAGUCUGAGAAAUAAGCAAGUCAUAGACUCACUCACAAAAAUGUUAAAAAGAAAUGUUUAG